CUUUCUUCUGCAUAGCAUUAUGUCAUUCCGGUGUCAUGGCGGCUCCCGUGGCCCUCGUCCAAGGUGCCAGCCGGGGUCUGGGGCUGCAGUUUUGCAAAUACAUUUUAAAAGACAAACCCCCAGCGAGUGUUAUAGCAACGUGUCGGAACCCGGACGGGGCCACGGAACUGCAGGGGCUGGUCGGACAACACCCGAACCGGCUGACGGUGCUUCAGCUGGACGUGAAUCGCGAGGAGGACAUCCGCAAGGCAGCUGAGCGGGUGAAGAAGAGCUUUGGUCGGCUUGAUUUGAUGGUCAACUCGUCCGCUCUGCUUCACCCCUCCGGGAAAGGAGAGACGAGCCUGAGGGAUGUUUCUGCACAAGGCAUCAUCGCCACCUUGACCACAAACACGGUGGGUCCGCUUGUGAUGGCCAAGUACUUUGCUCCACUCCUGCAGAAGGGCGGAGGUGGCUUCGGUCAACAACCAACAGACCAGGCUAAGCGGCACAGCGGCAUUAUCGUCAACGUCACAGCCAAAGUCGGCUCCAUUGGCGACAACGGUCUUGGCGGCUGGUACAGCUACAGAAUGUCUAAAGCGGCUCUAAACAUGGCCACAAAAAAUCUUUCCAUUGAGCUGGGCCGAAAUCGACCCAAGGUGGUAUGCGUUUCCUUGCAUCCAGGAACAUUGGACACCGACUUGUCGAAACCGUAUCACAGGAACGUACCCGAAGGGAAACUUUUCAGCACGGAACGCUCUGUGGAGUACCUGAUGGGUAUCAUAGAAGUACUGGAUGUGGAAAAGACAGGUAACGCCUACAGCUGGGAUGGAACUCAAUUGCCCUGGUAGCAAAAAGAAGGAAGAACAAGGACUCUUCAUAUAUUAAUCUAAGUAAUGGGAUUGUCAAUAUUCAUUUGAGCAAGACAUUAUGGUGUGAUGAGAUUUUCAUAUAUUUAAUGUCAAGUUGUGCUCUUGAAUUUAGAUUUGGAUAAAUUUGAGAAAUAUUGGCAAAUGACCACUCUCUUUAUUUCAUCAAAUUCUGCAAACUAAUGAUGUUAAACUAAAUGUUAUUGUGCAUUAUUUCCCUUUUAUAUGUUUACAGAUGCUUUUUAUACUAUUAUAUCCGUAGCCUAUUUUUCAACUGGUUAUUGCUCCCUUUUUUCCAAUAUAUUACAGCGCUGUCCUAUGUGUCUUACUCCAACCCACCGCCAGAUGGUGUAAAAGUACCUUGUGAAGAAUUGAGCUGCUACUAAAGCAUGCAAAAACGCAGGCAAAAAAAA